UGAAUCAGGCCGCUGACUGGCUCCAGUCUCGCCCAGCGGUGUUACAGAGCGGGCGGUUAUCCACCGGUCCGGCCCGCGGUCAGCGCCUGUCCACUGCGCGGCUCUUUAGACGCUUUAAGAGGGAACUGUUGGCGGGUUUGGGUCUUUUAGACACGGGCAGAACCUGACUGACCGACCGGCCUCACAGAAGCGUGUUUACUGCCUCAGCGGCGCGGAUUCCCCCGCGGAUCCGGGGCUAGCGGUGGGGUAUCGGUGCGGUUUUUGGCUGUUGGGCGAGUCUGGCGACAAAACAAUGCGGGAAAACGGGACCUGGGCUUUACCGGCGAACCAGCAGAAGAAACCGUAGCAACAGAAGAAGCGUUAGAAGCUCCAGCUCCUGUUAAUUUGGAUGUGGACGUUCGGAAAACGUUCAGAAACCGUUACAAGUGCGGAGGAGUAGCCCGGUGUGCUGCGCUGCUGGAUGCGGGGACGCCCCCUCUGCCUUCAGGCAGGGAGUUCAAAUUGAGCCCGAGGCUCCCAACGCGGCCUAGCUUCUCUCACUCAAACAUUCAGUUACAUAUAAACAGUUUUUUGCUGUUUUUGAGGAACUGCGGGAGUUUUUCUGGCUCCACUUAUUUACAGAGCAAGUCGAGAGCUUUAGCUACUGUGGAAGAAAUGCUCUGAGAGUGGAAAUCGGUUUAAUAGACUUUUUCUCGGAUUUCUUUUUGGCAAACCUACAGAAUGGCGUCUUAUGUGGACAACAGCUUUCGGCAGGCGAUAAUGAGGAGCCCGGCGGAGAGGACGCAACAGGACCUACAGAUUGUGUACUCCUAUCUGCACGGGAUGGAAGCACUGUCCAACCUGAGAGAACACCAGCUCAGGUUGAUGUGUGAAACAGUUCGCUAUGAGCAGCACGAGGCCAAUGAGGUUUUAUACUAUCCGGAUGACAUCGGGACCUGCUGGUACAUCCUGCUCUCUGGAUCGGUCUUCAUUAAGGAGUCCAUGUUUCUUCCACGCAGCAGUUUUGGGAAGCGCUCCGCGGGCAGUCUUCGCCGAGGGUGCGAGUGCAUUGUUCUGGAAGCCUCAGAAAUGAUAGUGGUGGACUACGUGGAGGAAAGUGAGGAGUAUUUCCAGAGGCAGGCGUCUCACCGACAGUCCAGAAGAAAGUUCAGGAAAAUAAACCAGCGCGGCGAGAGACAGACAAUCAUCGACACAGUCGAGCACUAUCCGGCCAGCAAGCCUCCUCUGCCGCCUGGAUACCACACAGAAUGCUCGAAAUCCCAGCUUCCUGCAGAUUUCUCCAAGCUCCACCUCUCCGACAGUCUCCACCUCCAUAUGUCCUCCAGCCAAUCAAGAUCCAGCAUCGCCAGUGACUCUGGAAGCAGUAGCCUAUCGGAUAUUUACCAGGCUACAGAGAGCGAGUGUGGAGAUGUGGACCUCAGUGGGCUUCCUGAAACAGCAGUGGACUCAGAUGACGAAGAGGACGACGAAGACGUGGGGAGGUCCUCGGACCCCCUCAUGAGUCGGGACAUAGUGAGAGACUGUCUGGAGAAGGACCCAAUGGAUCGAACAGACGAUGAUAUCGAGCAGUUGCUGGAGUUCGUGCAGCAGCUCCCGGCGUUUGCGAGUCUCAGUGUGUCCGUGAGGCGAGAGCUCUGUGCCGUCAUGGUGUUUGCCGUGGUGGAGCGGGCAGGGACCAUCGUUCUCAACCACGGAGAAGAGCUGGACUCCUGGUCCGUAAUCCUGAAUGGGGCGGUGGAGGUGAUGUACCCUGACGGACAGUGCGAGACUGUGGGGAUGGGCGGCAGCUUCGGCGUCUCUCCCUCCAUGGAGAAGGAGCUGAUGGUUGGCGUCAUGAGGACCAAAGUGGACGACUGUCAGUUUGUGUGUAUAGCACAGCAGGACUACUGCUGCAUUCUGAAUCAGGUGGAGCAGAACACACAGCGAGUAGAGGAGGAGGGCGAGAUCGUCAUGGUGAAGGAGCAUCGAGAACUCGACCGUACGGGAACCCGCAAGGGCCACAUCGUCGUCAAGGGAACAACCGAGCGAUUGAUCCAGCAUUUAGUGGAGGAUCACUCGGUGGUGGAUCCCACGUACAUCGAGGACUUCCUGUUAACCUACCGCACCUUCGUAUCCAGUCCUCUCAUCGUGGGCCAAAGACUACUGGACUGGUUUAAUGACCCCGGUUUACGAGAUAAGGUGACGCGGGUUGUGUUGCUGUGGGUCAACAAUCACUUCAGCGACUUUGAAGGACAUCCUGACAUGACCAACUUCCUGGAGGAGUUCCAGAACUAUUUGGAAAGAGAUAAGAUGACCGGUCAGCUGCGGCUGCUGAACAUCGCGUGUGCCGCCAAAGCCAAGCCUCGAGUAGUCUCCAUCACGAGGGGCUCUCGGGAGAUGCCCCUCCCCUUCACUCUGAUUGGUGGAGCGGAACGGGGAACACGCCUCUUCAUUAGCAGUGUGGAAAUGGGCAGCAAGGCAGAAGAGGCGGGGCUUAAGCGUGGAGACCAGAUACUGGAAGUGAAUGGACAGACGUUUGAGAACGUUCAGCUGUCUAAAGCCACCGAGAUCCUCAAGAAUAACCUGCAUCUUUCCAUGACUGUCAAAACCAACCUGCUGGUCUUUAAGGAGCUUGUGGCUCGAGUAGCGGAGGAGCGUAAGAACGGCGUUCCGCAUCUUCCGAAGAUCGGCGAUGGGAAGAAAAGCUCCCGUUACUCCGUGCCGGAUCUCGGGGUCGCAGGCCAGGAAAUGGUCAGCAAAAAGACCAAAGCGCACACUGUGGGCGGCCGCAACAAACUGAUGAAUAUCCUGGUCAAGACGCGCAUCAGCAUCCUACCUCAGAAACCAUGCAGUGACCUCGGGUUGGGGCAGUCGCAGGACGACAGUAUUGUGGGACUGAGGCAGGCGAAGCCGCCUCCACCCGCCGUACCCAUCAGUGGAAACCUAUCAUCCAGCAACCCCGACCUGGCACAAGGCCAACAGCGCAUCAUCGACUACAGCACGCAACCACCCGCACCUGGAUUCACUCAGCUGCAAGAUCAGGUGCUGCGAGUUUUCAAGGCCGACCAGCAGAGCCGCUACCUGCUGAUCAACAGGGACACCACGGCCCGAGAGGUGGCUAAUCUGGCCAUCAAAGAGUUUGGUCUCGGCGGGGGUCCGGAAGCUUAUUCGCUGUGCGAGGUGUCCGUCACGCCGGAGGGCGUCAUCAAACAGAGGCGACUCCCGGAUCAGCUCUCCAAACUGGCCGACAGGAUUCAGCUCUGCGCCAGGUACUACCUUAAGAGCAACAUGGAGACGGAAACGUUGUGUUCGGACGUCGAGGCUCAGGAGCUGCAGCGGGAGUCUCAGGUGUGCCUGCUGUCUCUGAGCUGCACGGAGAUAGCCAAUCAGCUCUCAGCACGCAACUACCUGCUGUUCGCCAGCGUUGAGCCCACCGACUACAUCACGGACCUCUUUAAGCUCCGCCCACACGAGCGGCCGGCCAACCUCCGCAACUUCGAGGACCUCAUCAACCAGGAGACCUUCUGGGUCGCCACGGAGAUUGUGCGGGAAGCCAAUCAGGUGAAGAGGAUGAAGAUCAUCAAGCACUUCAUCAAGGUGGCUCUUCACUGCAGGGACUGCAAGAACUUCAACUCCAUGUUCGCUAUCAUCAGCGGGCUGAAUCUAGCCCCCGUCUCUCGGCUACGCGCUACUUGGGAGCGGUUGCCGGGUAAAUACGAGAAGCUGCUGUCGGAGCUGCAGGAGGUGUUCGAUCCGUCGAGGAACAUGGCCAAAUAUCGCAACCUGCUGAACAAGCACAACCUCCAGCCUCCCAUCAUCCCUCUCUUCCCCGUCAUCAAGAAAGACCUCACCUUCCUCCACGAGGGCAACGAUUCUAAAGUGGACGGUCUGGUGAACUUUGAGAAAUUGAGGAUGAUCGCGCGAGAGAUCAGGCACGUGGUCAGAAUGGCUUCCGUCAACAUGGACCCGACGAUGCUGUUUAAAACCAGGAAGAAAAAGUGGAGGAGUCUUGGGUCUCUGAGUCAGGUGAGCAGCUCCUCCCUCUCGGAGGUGGGGACGAUGGGGCCGAGGAGGCGGGGCCGGCGGAGUUCCUUCCUCAGCGCCAAGAAGCUGUACGAGGCGGAGCUGAUGAGCAGGCGCGUUCGCCAGUACGUGGAGACGCUCGCGUACGAGAGCAACGAAGACACCUUGCACAACCUCUCGCUGCAGUGGGAGCCCGCCAACAACACGGUUUGUAAGACCACUGCAGAAAAGCGCAGAGUUGAAGCUUCUCCAGCCACGCAGAGAAGCCCCACCCCCAACCACCCGGCAAACAAGAAACCACCCGGCAAAGAAUUGCCUCCAUUUGGUGCUCGAUCCCCUGGAUCAUUAAAGAAGAUCCUCUCGCUCUCGGAAGAGGCGCAAGAGAGGCAAAGAAGGCAGCCAGACGACAACCAAUCAAACGCCUCCUCUUUACUCUCGUCGCCGCCCACUUCACCCAACGUCACGCCUAGAAAAGGGCCGUACUUGGCUGUAAAUGAAGCUCCAGAUCAGCUGAGCCUUCUGAGCUCCUCCUCCUCCGACAUCAUGGCGGACGACCACACACACUCUCACACGCACGUCCUCUCUCACGCGCACACACACUCGCACGCUCACAAAACACACCGGACGGAGCCGGACCAAAUCAGCCUCGGGUCCUACUCGCUGAACCAGGACCAGUGUGACCGAGCCUCAUUGGACGCGGCCGACAGUGGGCGGGGCAGCUGGACUUCCUGCUCCAGCGGUUCCCACGACAACAUCCAGAGCAUUCCGCAGCGCAUAGGCUACUACGACAGCCGCAGCUGGGAGACGCUGUCGGAGGUGCCAUCGAUGGGGCGGAGUCACUCGGCCACGCCCAUCGCAUCACAGUACUGGGGCGACGAUUCUGAGGGCGACACAGGAACGAUAAAGCGCAGAGGGGGGAAGGAAGAGGUUCCAAACGUUCCGAAAUGCCCGGCGGUGGGAAGUCGCAGAGAGCGGCGUUUCCGGGAGCCACCGCCCACCCCGCCCGGCUACACCGCGCUGUCCGUCACCGAGGCGGAGGAGCUGAACCAGAGUUACGCCCACGGGAGACGCCCCCCCGACUACAACUCCGCCCUGCAGAGAUCCCGCCUCAUAAAGAGGUCAUGUGACUUAGAACCUCCUCCACAACCACGCCUACCCAGCCGCCUCCACGGAUACACCCACUGUCCUACGCCACGGCGACCGCCGUGCGAUGAAAGUGAGCAGGUAUCUGCUGUAUGAAGACGGCCGGUCUCGGUCGCUACCCUGAAGCUGUUCAUCACUCUGUUAAAAAAAACAACAAUAAAAGAAAAAUAAAACUCACUGGAAUUAACCCGAGGCCAGUCUGCAGCUGAUCCUGACCACACCCCCCAAACUCUUCACUCUUAACUCCUCCCCUUCACUGAUCUGCUUCUGAUUGGCGCCUGCAGCUGUCAGUCAAAUCUGACUGACCAGCACGAUGACAUUGUGUGAGGAGGGCACGGAGAGACGAGAUGUUUUGGCACUUUUGACAGACAGGAAAUUAACAAAAAAGCGAGGGAUGAUGAAGGAGUAGAGAAUGAUGGAGAACUUGAAGAAAAAAAAGUGAUUGUGGAUCUUUUUUUUUUCUUGAUUUUUUUUUAAAGGCAGUUUUAAGCAGUUUUAUCAUGGAAACAGUGUUAUAUUUUCAUUGUUGUCUGAAGUCGACUGUGUGUGUGUGUGUGUGUGUGUGUGUGUGUGUGUGUGGCCCCAUUCACACCUGGUUAAUCACAGGGAGGGUCUCAGCUCUGAAAAAAAUGAAGAGAUCACUUCAGUUUCUGAAUCAGUUUCUCUCAUUUUGCUAUUUAUAGGUUUAUAUUUGAGUAAAAUAAAAUUUGUUGUUUUAUUCUAUAAACUACGAACAACAUUUCUUCCAAAUUCCAAAUAGAAAUAUUGUCGUUUAGAGCUUUUAUUUGCAGAAAACGAUAAAAAACUGAAAUAACAACAAAAAAAAAAAGAGUUUAGAAAUCAAUAUUUGGUGGAAUAACCCUGCUGGUUUUUAAUUAUAGUUUUCAUGCAGAUUGGCAUCAUAUUCUCCUCCUCCACCAGUCUUACACACUGCUUUUGGAUAACUUUAAGCCUUGGUUUGAUGAUCCGCUUGUGAUCAUCCAUCUUCCUCUUGAUUAUAUUCCAGAGGUUUUCAAUUUGGUAAAAUCAAAGUGGUCUCUUAUUUUUUUACACUUUUAUAUCGUCGCUAUCCAAUAGCUAUCCAAUCGUAAACUAAAAAUUGUCCAUUUUUAGUUUACGACAUAAUUUGACCAGACAAAUUCCCGAACACUGUAUCAAUUUUUUUUUGUGAACGAACCAAUAGGAAAAAAAUCAAAAUGACCUGAAAAAUUUCAUUGAAAGUUUAAGUUGCUGUUUUUAUGUAGAAGCUUGUUUUUCAUUGGACAGCGUUGACAGGUGGUAAUGAAAUAGGAAAUAAGUAAAUAAAUAAAUCACGUGAAUUAAUUUUUUAAUCAUUUUUGUCACAAAGAAGAAAGAGUGUAAAUAGGCAUGAGGAUGGGUGAAAAUGUAUAACAGCAGUAAGUAAGAGAAGUGCAUAUUAUAUAAUAGAUUUUAUAUAAUAUAAAACAAUAGGGGUGCUGCUGCCGUACCAAAGCAAAACAAAAAUAGAUUUUAAAAAGUUAAAGAAACCAAAGAAGUGGGAGUGGCCAAAUAACGUACCCUCUCUCUAUCAUACAUUCUCUGUGAUGAGUUCAGCUGUAAAAGAUGAAACCGAAACUUCACGUGAAGCUCUGCUCUUUAGCUCUUUAGAGAGCAUCAGUUUAGAAAAAUGAACUGUUCAGGUAAACCUUGGAUAUAGAUCAUAUUAAAAAGGAUUUGCACCACUUUAGAAGUGGGCGUGGCCAUAUACAGCUCUGGAAAAUAUUGCAACGAAACUGAGAUAUGUUUCACUGAAUUAGUUUCUCUCUUUAUAUUUUUAAGUUUUAAAAGUACAAAAAAAUCUAAAUUUGUUGGAAUAACGCUGGUUUUUAAUUACAGUUUUUUCAUGCAUCUUGGCAUCAUGUUCUCCUCCACCAGUCUUACACACUGUUUUUGGAUAACUUUAUGCCUUGACUCCUGGUGCAAAAAAUUCAAGAAGUUCAUUGAUUAUUAUAUUCCAGAGGUUUUUAAUUUGGUAAAAUCAAGGAAAACAUCAUUUUUAAAUGGUUUCUUAUUUUUUUUUCCACCAGAGCUGUACUUUGGUUACAGAUGUGUUAUCUGUCUGGCAGUGUGAACAGCAAAAACAGACUGAAUUUUGCUUUAUCUAAACGAAAUUUUUUGUAUCAUUUCAUGGCAUCGUCCGUAAUAGGACAACAGAAACCAAAACUAAAGCUUCAGGUGAAGCGCUGCUUUUUAGGAUAAUAGACCAGAUUGAAAACGGUUUCAGUGUGAACGGCCUGAAAUGAACCUCAGAUUUCAGCCACUUUAUCCUCCUGCUGUGUGAAUGUAGCGCUUAUUAGCGCUGCUCAGCUAACCCACUUGGACGGUGGACGGCGUGGUGUUUCCAGGUGUGAACGGGGCCUUGUGGGUUUGAUGCAUGUAAAAAAAAAUAAUAAUACUUGAAUCAGAUUUUAUGUGUGUGUGUAAAUGUGUGUGUUGAGAGUGUGUAUUACUGCUCUUCAGACGUGUUUAAUUUUUUAAAUAAAUAAAUAAAAAGAGCUGCCUGUACUAGACCUCAAAAAAACGACAUAAUUCAGUGUUAAUAUCAGUAUUCAGUCGACGAUCAUGAUGUUUUUGAGAUGAUUUUAGUUUUGUCUGUUAUUUGUUGUCUGCUGUUGUUUUUUUUGUUAAUAUUCGCACCCUGUUUCCAAUAUUUCAGGCGCAGCCACCAGCAUUUGUUUUAUUUGUUUUAAUUUUUUUAAUUUUUUUUAAUGUUAUUUUAAUUUUAAAUAAUGGUGUACAUUAUUAUUGUUAUUAUUAUUUUAUUACUGAAUCAUUUCUGUUUCAUUCCUCUCUCUUUGCCAAUCACGUGGUAUCGGCUGUGGCACAACCUGCAACUUGUUGCACAAAUGAAAGAAAACGGAUGUAAAAAUGAGAGUUUCUAACGUUUGCGGCAUUAUAAUAGCGAUUCUUAUUUUACGUAGCUAAACUUUUACCCUUCAUCGUUUCGUACGCAGGCUUUUGAUUCACGCGAUACGAAACGUUUAUGAAAUAUAUAAAAAGAAAUGUAUGAAGUGUAUGAUAUGUUAGGACGUGUCCCAAACCCCUCUGUUCGUACCCCGUGUAUGUUUCUAUGUCUUUUAAAAAGACACCUGGCGAAGUCUGUAUCACGCAUUUUUGUAUUUUUGAAUACGUGUACAUAUGGGUUCUAUUUUGUUUAAGAUUUCAGAAAGAGAGAGAGAGAGAGAAAUAUAUACUGUUUGAAAGUAACAUUCAGCUGCUGUGAGUUUGAAUGACUGACCAAGAAUAAAUACUGUAGCAACGGAACGAA